AUGGUGAUAACACGAAGAUCUAUCGAAUUGUUGCCAAAUGAACUUUGGUUAUUAUUUAUGAGCUUUCUUUCACCAAUCGAUCUUUAUCGAGCGCUAGUUGGUCUCAAUCAUCGCAUUAAUGGUUUAGUUUUUGCCAUGUCUCCACGUCCAAUUCUCGAUACAUCUCAAUGUGGUAGCAGUAGCAUUUGUUUGUCUGAUAUGCGCCAACUGCUCGAAGGGAAAGAUGAUUGGUCAAAAUGUCUUCUCUCCUCAAUCGAUACUAUUCGUCUUUGUGGUACACUUGCUAGUGAUGCACUUUGCAACAACCAUCACUCUCUAAUACAACUUUCUUCCAUCAAUACCUCUUUUUCACGUUUAUUUUCUUCACUUCGUCGAUUAUAUGUGACAGGAGAAGCCAUAAAUCGAAUUAACAUAGUAGAAAUGUUACUUCCAUUGCCAACAUCGCUUCGUUAUAUUCAUUUCACAUUUGAUACGCCUAUAAACAGUUCUUCAUACUUGAAAAUGCUUAAUACUUUCACUGAUCAUCAACUCUCGUUCUACAGUAUGGUAUUCGAUGUCGAAGUCGAUGACAUUAGUGACGACUGGUAUUUCGAUACAUAUGAAUGGAAAACAAUGCAUUUGCCGAAUACUGUUCAUUUGUCACUCUUUAUUGGACGAUUAAAUGAUCUAUUUAUUCUUCUUGAUACUCAAUUAUUACCUGUUCUUGAUCAUCUCUAUAUCACCUUUAUCAAACAAAACAAACGUAAUCUCCUGAAUGAUACCCAAGUGACAAAUGUUACCAAUAUUAUAAGUCGUUUACGUUCUCUCAAGCUCAGUUACAUGUCACUUGACGAUCUUCUCAAAUUUUUAUCAUUGGUGCACAUGCCUUUAGUCGAAAAGUUGACAUUGGUUGAGAUUCAUGAUAAAACACUGAAUCGUCUUAUCGAUUUUCAAAAAUAUUUUCAGUCAAAGAAAAAUAUGCCUGUUCUUCGUCCAUCGUCUCUUCGAUUUCUUCUUCGCUUUCCUGAAUAUAUAAGUUUACCCAAAUUAAUCGAAAUUUCUAUAUUAUCCAAAUCUUUUCCGCGACUCGUUUCUCUGUGGACCAGUAGAUGCGGUUUACAUCCUGAUGAAAAUUUGGCAGAAUUAAUUAUAUCACUUGUCACCUAUUUUGAAGAACUCGUUGAAAUUAUUAUCAACAAAGGUAGUACUUAUCGACGUGAUGGCGUUCAAGAUCGUAACAUAUUAUUGGUUCAACAGAAAUCUAUUAAUAAUUUAUUAAGAAAUACGCCUAAAUUUCGUGAUUCAAAUCGUACAAAUAUUGUUUGGAAUAAUUAUACACAGAUGAAGAUCUGGUUAUAG